AUGGAGGCUAAGAAAUCCAACUUGUGUGCUUCCGUGGAUGUGAACACCACCAGCGAAUUCUUGUCGCUUAUUGACAAAUUGGGUCCAUACAUUUGCUUGGUGAAGACCCAUAUCGACAUCAUUGAUGAUUUCUCCUAUGAGACCACCAUUGUUCCACUUCUUGAGCUUGCUAAGAAGCACCAGUUCAUGAUUUUUGAGGACAGGAAGUUCGCCGAUAUAGGCAACACAGUCAAGCAUCAAUACUCUGGCGGAGCUUUCAAAAUCGCUCAAUGGGCUGAUAUCACCAAUGCACAUGGUGUUACUGGUGCAGGUGUUGUCAGUGGACUAAAGGCAGCGGCCCAAGAGGUUACUGAGGAACCCCGUGGAUUGUUGAUGCUCGCUGAGCUUUCCUCAAAGGGCUCAUUGGCUUACGGUGAAUACACCAAACAAACUGUAGAGAUUGCGAAAACUGACAAGGAGUUUGUUAUUGGUUUUAUUGCUCAAAAGGACAUGGGAGGCCGUGAAGAGGGCUUCGAUUGGUUAAUAAUGACUCCUGGUGUGGGUCUUGAUGACAAAGGUGAUGCUUUGGGCCAACAGUACAGAACCGUGGACGAAGUGGUUUCUACUGGUACUGACAUAAUCAUUGUUGGCAGAGGCUUGUUCGGUAAAGGGAGAGACCCUCAGGUUGAAGGCGAACGCUACAGAUCAGCUGGCUGGAACGCUUAUCUCAAAAUGACCAAUAAAUAG